AUGGCUUCUACUAACUGGGUCAGACGGUCAUCGAGCAUGGACUUCUCAGAUGGCAAACUUCCCCUCGACCAGCACCCCGACAUGUCCUAUUCCUAUGAUGGCGUACAGCCUAGCCACCUGCAGCGUAACAAGACAGAACGACGGAGGCUGCAGGGACUGCAACGCUCUAAUACUAUGGUGUCAGUGGCCAGCCCUACUGUACCCAAAGGGAUGCGGCAAAAAUUCCGUAUCUGGAUGAUUAACGAGGGUGGAAAGAGACUUUUCUUCUACGUGUGGAUAUUCCUGCACGUACUUGUCGUCACUUUCGGUUUCUUGUAUUAUGAUUUGAAGGACAACUUUGUCGGCGCUCGCAGUACCUUCGGUGUCACUUAUCCCAUUGCCCGUACCGCUGCGCUAACUCUCCAUGUGGAUGUUGCGUUCAUCCUCUUACCUGUCUGCCGCAACUUCAUCUCGUUGAUUCGUCAAACGCCGCUCAACCACUUUAUUCCUUUCGAUAAGAACAUCACAUUCCACAAAGCCGUCGCAUGGUCAAUUGUGUUCUUCACGUUCGUGCACAUUGCUGCCCACAUGGUCAAUUUCUACCGUUUGGCUAUGGCUGACUACUCCGCAAAAACGACCGGCCAACGAGUUGUGGCUUUCCUCCUGGCUAACUUCGCUACGGGUCCUGGCCUCACCGGUUGGAUUAUGACUGCUGCUCUGGCUAUCAUGGUCUUCUUUGCCCUCGAGAAGCGCCGUCGCGCUCACUUCGAGUGGUUCUGGUACAGUCACCACCUGUUCCUUGUCUUCUUCCUUGGGUGGCAAUUGCACGGCAUGUUCUGCAUGAUCCAGCCCGACCGUCCGCCGUUCUGCUCGUGGCUUCAGAUCGGUGUCUUCUGGCGCUAUUGGCUUGUUGGCGGUCUCAUCUACACGUACGAGCGCAUCCUCCGCGAAGUUCGCUCUCGUCACAGGACGUAUAUCUCCAAGGUCAUUCAGCAUCCGUCUAAUGUUAUGGAGAUCCAGAUCAAGAAAGAGAAGACUACGAUUCGCGCGGGCCAGUACAUCUUCUUGUGCUGCCCCGAGGUGUCGCUCUUCCAAUGGCACCCGUUUACUCUCACUAGUGCCCCUGAGGAAGACUUCAUCUCUAUUCAUAUCCGAAUUGUGGGCGACUUCACGCGCGACUUCGCUGUUGCACUUGGCUGUGACUUCGAUUCGAAGGGCAACGGUGGAAAGAGUGAGGCUGGCGGCAAGAUUAUUGGGGCGGCUAUGGACGCACCCAUCAACCGCGUUCUACCUCGUGUCAUGGUUGAUGGUCCAUUCGGAAGUGCCAGUGAGGACUUCCUGAACUAUGAGACUGUUUUGCUCGUUGGUGCUGGUAUCGGCGUCACCCCCUUCGCUUCGAUCCUCAAGUCCAUCUGGUACCGUAUGAACAAUUUUAACUCUUCCAAGCCGACCCGUCUGUCUAAGGUGUAUUUCACGUGGGUUAUCCGAGACUUCGGCAGCGCGGAGUGGUUCCACUCCCUCCUGGAGGCCAUUGAGGAGCAGGAUACGCAGAACAGGAUUGAGAUUAACAUUUAUCUAACCGCAAAAAUCAAGGAGGACGACAUGAACAAUAUCAUUGUCCAAGAUGUCGGCGCUGAGAAGGAUGCGGUUACCUCGCUCCGAGCCCCGACGCACUACGGGCGGCCCAACUGGGACCGCGUCUUCGGUUCUAUUACGGAGAAGCAUCCAGAAACCGAUGUCGGAGUGUUCUUCUGCGGCCCGGCUACGCUGUCUCGGCAAUUGCAUAUCUGCUGCAACAAGUUCUCCACGCCUAAAGGGACGCAUUUCUUCUUUGGCAAAGAGAAUUUCUAG